GGCCUGGCAUGGACGUGCACGUGGGCGCAGCCCUGGGAGUGCUGUGGUUCUGCCUCACAGGACCUUUGCACAUACUGUCUCCUCUGCUUGGAACUUUCUGCUCUGCCAGACAUCUGCAUGACUUGACUCAUUAUUUUGUUCAGGUGCUCAGAUGACACCUUCUUGGCAAGACUUACUGGCUACCUUGUAUAAAAUAGCACGCCAUCCCUCAUCCCUCCCUAUACUGACCCUCCUGCAUUCAUCUUGCUAGCAUUCACUUCCCCUGGGUUUACUUGAUUGUUCCUGCUGCCCCCACCCCAGGGCCAGGAUGAGUGCCAGCUAUACAGUAGGUGCUCACAAACUGUGUUGAAUAAAUGAGGUGGCUCUUCGCACACAGUGCUUGGCACAUAGUGAGCACUCAAUAAUGGUAGCUAUUUUAAUAGCAAUAUCCUCAUCGUAUUUCAAAUCCCAAUCAGCAUCUUUGCUCUGAAGGAGAGACUUGUUCCAAAGACAAAGCUGAGUGUCUGGCGCCACCUCGUGGCCGUAACAGAGGCGAUGCACAUCUCUAACCGUGGCUGCUCUGAUUUCUCUAGAGAAAGGGCUUUGUCUGGGUGACUUCUCAAGAUCCAUGCCCCAGAUGCACCCUGGUCCAACUGGCAGGGGAUGAAAACUGGCCUGAGGGACCUGGGGUUGCAGCAAGAGAUCCAGGGCCAGCUUAAGACCUUUAGAAAUCUCCAUGCACUGCAAAGAUUAUGAUACCCCCUCCCUGUGUAGAAUUCACAAUAAAAAUACCAUAAAAUAAAUGUUAUUUUUCUAAAUGCAAGAAACCUUUAAUGGGUCCUGUAUUCAAUUAGCUUUGUUUCAAGGCUGUUUGAUCCUUACACAUUUUGUGUGCGCCUGCUUUGCUGGUGCCCAAAGCACACACUUAAUCUAAGCAUUACCCAACAGGCAGUGCUAAGGUGGAGGGCUCAUCCCCCCCAAAAGAAAGGCUAUCAGGAACCCCUGCCUGACUUUCCAGGGCUCUAAAAGAAGAGCUAGAAUGGAGACAGAGGUGACUGGGCUGGGAAUGGCAGGGUAACUCCACUGGAGGAUAUAUGGCAGGGGACCCUGCCUUGGGGGCUCCUCUCUGGGGGCUCAGGUUUGGGGACCACCCCACCCUGCCUCUAGGGGUGGAGUUGCCUUGGGCUGCUGGGAUUUCUGCUCCUGCUUUCCCCUCACCCCUAACUCAUCAGCAAGCCCUGUUGAUUCUCCCUCCUACACAAACCUUGAAUCUGUCCCAUUCUCUCCAUCUGCCCUGCCACCCUCUGAAGCCACACCACCAUCACUUCUGAAGUAACCUCCGAACAGUCUCCUUCUUGCCUUUCUAGGGUCUACUGUCCUUAGAGAAGAGAAAGUGAGUUUUAAGCAUUGCUACCCAGCUUAUGCCUGAUUAAUACUCGCCAAUGACUUCCCAAUUGCUCUUGGAAAAACCUAAAUCCCUUACCUGGUCUCUCAGAGCCCUCCUUGCUCUGGAUUGGACAUGCUCCAUCCAGAUGCCAUCCAGCCUCUGCCACGCUGGACACUUCCUGAUAUUUUCACACAGCACACCGGAUCUCGCCUCGGGGCCCUCCCACCUGCUGUUCCCUCUACCGGGAACACUCCUACGCUGGCUUAUUGCAUGUCAGCUCCUUUGCAUUCUCCAUAAAUCUCAGCUUCAUAUCUUGUUAAAGAGAACAUGUCUCACUACCAUAUUGAAAGGUAUGGGUAUUCCUUCUUGUAUAAGAACUAGUCAUGUUUAUUUAGGAAAAUAUAAAAAGCACUUGUGAUCCCCUCAUCCAGAGAAAACCCCGAUUAACAUUUUUGGUAUAUACUUUUUAGACUUCCCUUCCCAAUUUAUAAAAUAACAUAUGUUUACGGGGAAAUGAAAUAGCACAGACAGGUGUGAAGUACCUGCCGAUUUUUGGAAAGCUACCACUUUACUUUCUAAUCGUUGGCUUCUUUUCUUCUUUCAUACCCUAAAUACAUGCGAAUUAGAAUUUGUGUGCUAGUUUGUCCCUCCCUCCCAUUCAAGUGUAAGUUCUGCAGGGCGUGCCUUGGUCUUGCGCUCUGUUGCAUUCCUAAUUCAUACCUGGCACACGUAGGGGGCCCCUAUUUUCUCCUCGACUGAAUGAAGGCCUAAGGCAAUAAACUUAUUUUGGGUCUCAGGUCUGAAAGGAGGACUGGACAGGGCCUGGGGUUAGCUGGGGACGGGAGGGGCACCAGCAAGGCUGGGAGAGACCCCGCCCCUCCAUCCCUCUGUCCCCAGGAGCCCUGGAGGUCCAGGUCCCUGAAGACCCCGUGGUGGCCCUGGUGGGCACCGACGCCACCCUGCGCUGCUCCUUCUCCCCCGAGCCCGGCUUCAGCCUGGCGCAGCUCAACCUCAUCUGGCAGCUGACAGACACCAAACAGCUGGUGCACAGCUUCGCCGAGGGCCGGGACCAGGGCAGCGCCUAUGCCAACCGCACGGCGCUCUUCCCGGACCUGCUGGCUCAGGGCAACGCGUCCCUGCGGCUGCAGCGCGUGCGCGUGGCGGACGAGGGCAGCUUCACCUGCUUCGUGAGCAUCCGGGACUUUGGCAGUGCCGCGGUCAGCCUGCAGGUGGCCGCCCCCUACUCGAAGCCCAGCAUGACCCUGGAGCCCAACAAGGACCUGCGGCCUGGGGACAUGGUGACCAUCACGUGCUCCAGCUACCGGGGCUACCCCAAGGCGGAGGUGUUCUGGCAGGAUGGGCAGGGUGUGCCCUUGACGGGCAACGUGACCACGUCGCAGAUGGCCAACGAGCAGGGCUUGUUCGACGUGCACAGCGUCCUGAGGGUGGUGCUGGGCGCCAAUGGCACCUACAGCUGCCUGGUGCGCAACCCGGUGCUGCAGCAGGAUGCACGUGGCUCCGUCACCAUCACACCCCAUAGAAGCCCCACAGGAGCCGUGGAGGUCCAGGUCCCUGAAGACCCCGUGGUGGCCCUGGUGGGCACCGAUGCCACCCUGCGCUGCUCCUUCUCCCCCGAGCCCGGCUUCAGCCUGGCGCAGCUCAACCUCAUCUGGCAGCUGACAGACACCAAACAGCUGGUGCACAGCUUCGCCGAGGGCCGGGACCAGGGCAGCGCCUAUGCCAACCGCACGGCGCUCUUCCCGGACCUGCUGGCUCAGGGCAACGCGUCCCUGCGGCUGCAGCGCGUGCGCGUGGCGGACGAGGGCAGCUUCACCUGCUUCGUGAGCAUCCGGGACUUUGGCAGUGCCGCGGUCAGCCUGCAGGUGGCCGCCCCCUACUCGAAGCCCAGCAUGACCCUGGAGCCCAACAAGGACCUGCGGCCUGGGGACAUGGUGACCAUCACGUGCUCCAGCUACCGGGGCUACCCCGAGGCGGAGGUGUUCUGGCAGGAUGGGCAGGGUGUGCCCUUGACGGGCAACGUGACCACGUCGCAGAUGGCCAACGAGCAGGGCUUGUUCGACGUGCACAGCGUCCUGAGGGUGGUGCUGGGCGCCAAUGGCACCUACAGCUGCCUGGUGCGCAACCCGGUGCUGCAGCAGGACGCACAUGGCUCCGUCACCAUCACAGGGCAGCCCAUGACAUUCCCCCCCGAGGCCCUGUGGGUGACCGUGGGGCUGUCCAUCUGUCUCGUCGCACUGCUGGUGGCCCUGGCCUUCGUGUGCUGGAGAAAGAUCAAACAGAGCUGUGAGGAGGAGAAUGCCGGAGCUGAGGAGCAGGAUGGGGAGGGAGAAGGAUCCAAGACGGCCCUGCAACCUCUGAAACACUCCGAAAGCAAAGAAGAUGAUGGACAAGAAAUAGCCUGACCACCAGGACCAGGGAGCUGCUGCCCUCGCCCCGGGGCUCCCGUCCUCUGGCUGCACUGGGGCCUCAGUGUGAGCCCUGCCCCCAACACAUGGGUCCCGCUCUGGCAGAUGUGCUUGUUCUCCAAAGGAUGUGACACACAGGCCACCCUGCAGCCUUACUUCUCAAUGGAUGCGAUUCCCAAGUCAUCCUGCUGCCUUAUUUCUUAGGGACACAGCACACAGACCACCCCCCCACCUUAUUUCUCCAGGUCGCCCUGCCUGCUGCCUUAUUUCUCCAGUGACACAAUACAUACAUCAUCCUGCUGCCUUAUGCUUAGGGACACAGUGCACAGACCCACAGACCACAUGACCACCCAUUCCUCCAAUGCCACACGGGCCAUCCGACUGCCUUUUUACUCCAAAGGAUGCAAUAUUCAGACUGACCCCUGCCUUAUUUCUCCAAGGACACGUUGCACAGUCGUCCCUUGCCGUGUUGCCAGUGGCCCCGAUACACUGGCUGUGGUUACUCGGCCCUGUCCCCCACCCCUGCACAGAGUCCUGUCUGCCCAGGCAGGAACACUAAGCCUCGGCGUCUCCUAGAGCCCAGUGUCUGUCUCCUCCUGCCUCCUCCCGCUCUGGCCCCAAAGUUGGCCUUUUCCCUCCCCACCGGGUGAAGACAGGGCACUCGCCCCCGCCACACACACAGGUGUGCAGAGACGCUCAGGUGCACGUGCUGGAACACGGAACACAUGUGGUCUUCCCCCGGCCCAGUCUCCUGCGUGGUGCCCCGGGCUGUGCCCUGGGAGGCCCUCUUCUCUGCCUGCCCUCCCCGCGAGAAGCGUGUGCUGGUCACACUGGUUCUCUGGGGGCCUUCAGUGGGUCCCCUGGGGGUUAGCUUCUGUCCCUCCGCUUUUCCCACCGUUGGAGCCUUUGUUUCUUCCUUUUCGUUUAUCCAUUUAAUUAAUGUGUAUGGAGCAAGCACAGGGUGUCAGCACUGUGCCAGGUGUUGGGGGCCCCUCCCUCGAGCAUCUCCCCCUGCAGCUCCUGCCUUGCUCCCUGCUGUGCCCACAGCCUCCUGGAUACCUCACCCCCAUCCCACCCCCUGAGUCUUACCCAGAGCACGGGGUGGGGGCAGAAACCUGGAGAGAGGAACACAGCCCCUUGCCACAAGUAGGGAAUCUGGUGGGUUCCAAAGUGUCUUCCCAGGUGUGAGCAGGUGGCCAAGGCCCUCCACUCCUUGGAUAGCAGCAGCACAGCGAACCCUGGGGCCUCUCAGAGCCUGGGGUGGGGCAGGGCCAGGAGGGCUUCCAGGACAGAGGGGACUCCCCCCACUCUCCCCACGGUGCUAUUCGGGGCCCAGGGCAGACACCUCCUGGCUUGCCUCCGGCCAGCCCCCAGCCUCCAGGAGAGCAGGACUUGUGAUGUUCCGUCGCCUUCUGGAUGGCAUCUCUCCCUACCCAGCAGCGGAAGAUGUGAGGAUUUCUAAUUUAAAUGUGGGACUCUGAGGAGUUUUAUAAACUAGGGGGUGUAUUUUGGGAAAAAUAAAUGUCUUUGUAAAAAGCUU